AUGGAUAUUUCCAAAGGCAAAAGCAAGUUGCCUAAGUCUGAUUUUGUGGACGUUGCUCUACUUCGGAACAUAGUUUCUGAUUUGGAACAAAGCUUUGCUGAAAAUGAUUUGAUUAUUGGAAUGCAUGACAUUCAAAUUAGUAAGCUUGAAAAUGAGAACUCCAUUAAAGAUGAAAAGAUUUUAGAACUUCAAGCAAAUAUUGGUGGUCUAAAUGCUAUAUUAUUUGACCUGAAACAACAUUUACAUCAAAAGUUUGGUGAUGAAUUUCAACCUUUGAGCUAUGAAGGAGAAAGGAUCACUGCUUCUAGUUCAGGUGCCACCAAUCUAACUUCACAGUCUUCAAGUGAAAGAGUUGUAAGACCUGCUCCAGAUGCUAACCUUGAUUUAUUGUUAUAUUCUGGUCUUGUUAUUGCUCAAGAAGGAAGAGAUAAGCAAAUAAGGGUUGAGCAGCUGAAAGGGAAAAUGCUCGUGAUAUUCAGACCAAAAUGCUCCAGGUGA